UUGGAGAAUGACAGCUGAUGUAGCCCAGCAAAGGAAGCUGUUCUCCGGUCAGUGUCAGUGAAGGACUGAUAAACACGUCCACGAAGAGACAGGAUAGCAGCUACACCGAAACGUGUCCACACAUUUAGAAAUGACUGCUCAGCAUUAAAACAGUUUUAAUAAAUUGUGUUAUUUUUCAAUUAAUUUUAAAAUACGCUUAAUGUGUCCAAGAGCCCUUUGUGUCUUAUUACUUCAUAGGUUUUCUUUACACGUUGCUCGCGCCAAUACUGCAUGUCUCAAGACAUCUUUUAUCCCCCAGAGGUUGCGUUUGGAAACAAUAAUUUUAGAAGUCAAAGAAUCAGCAGGAUGAGGUGGAAAAUAUUUCAUCUUGUCAUCGGGUUCCGCCCAGAAAGUCCAGUGAGCGCAUUUUGUGCUGUUUCAUACCCCGACAAGCUGCUGAAUGGGUCUGACAGGACAGCACGGCGUGUGGCUCAGGCUGCAGGCUGCAGGCUGCGUGCAGAUCCGCUGGUGGAUGUGACACAGCUUUGACUUGGUGUUUCUCUUUAAUUGUGCGGCACCUCGCUCCCUGUAUGCGGGCCUGGCGUUCUGGAGGAGGGCGGGUCGUGAGCACAAUGAGCAGAUUCCGGACAGUGAACUGAUGCGACAUGUAGCCUGCAGACGGUGGACUUGGUGGGUUUCAGCAGGCAGCGCACGCAGCUCGCUUAACUUGGUUUGCGUUGAUUGAAUUUGGGAAUGGCAUGCUGAGCUUCACUCUGAUGAUCGCAGGCCCGGUCUGCUGUGUGAAAACUGACCUCGGGUAAACCCUCAGAGACUCGGGGGACUUUGGAGAUAUUCUGCAGAGGUGUUAUUGCGCAGCGCGGAAACUCGGCGCAAAGGAGAUGAUUUCCAUUUCAAUUGAUUAAGAAGUGAAACCGCGGUUAUUCAUUAAGGGACACGUAGGCAGCAGCUGCGCCCCUGUGAAGCGGUGCAAGAUGAUGUCACUGAUAGAUCUGGACGAUGAUCAGCGAUGGGUGCCCACUCAUGUGAAUGUCACCGUCCUCCGCGCAAGAGGACUGCGAACCAAGGGCAAGCACGGCAGCCGCUACCUCUACACCAUCAUCCAGGUGGGGAAGGAUAAAUACACCACCGGGCUGGUGGAGAAGGCCGAGGUGCCCCAGUGGAACGAGGAGUGCUGUUUCGAGCUGCUCCCUGGGAUCCUGGAGGACGGCGGCCGGAGCGCCUACCCCCCUGGGAGCGGGGACCUGGUCCUCACCGUCAUGCACCGGGUGCUCAUCGGACUUGACGUGUUUCUCGGUCAAGCCAUCAUUCCUCUCGAUAAGAUAUUUCAGGACGGACUGUGUCCUCGAGAUGAAUGGCUCAAACUCAACUCUAAGGCAGGAAGAAAGGAAAAGGAACGUGGUGAACUUCAGGUAACAGUCCAGUUCACUCGCAACAACAUGACAGCCAGCAUGUUCGACCUCACCAUGAAGGACAAACCUCGCUCUGCUUUUGGCAAGCUCAAGGAUCGCGUCACAGGGAGGAAGAGAGGAGACAUGGAGUCUUCCUCGGCCAUCGUGCCGGGCCGCUAUGCCGCCCUGUCUGGAUCCCUGGGGCAACCGUUUGGAGAGGAGGGCAGUGUGGCAGUUGAGUCGUCAGAUGUGGAGAUAGCAGAGGAGAAGAGGAGCAAGGUGAAAGAUUUCUUCAAAGGAAGGCUGCGCAAGUCGUCUGACACCAGAUCGUGCUCAUCUCUGGCUUCAGAGAGUAGUGUGUCUUCCAUUGCCAGUGAUAACCCUGGCCCUCCACCUAGUCUGGAUCUGCUGUCAGACCCUCCCAGCUCUCCCAUCUACACUAGCAAAGUGAGAUUGGACACCCAUUUUGGAGAGACAGACUUAGCUAAAAAAGUGCUCACCAGCCAGCACGCCACAAAGGUGCUCACACACAAGCGAGCCUUCAGCGAUGAAGCUAGUAAGAUCACAACAGCCUUCCCUCGAACAAAUCCUGCAGUGGAGUCACUCAAGGGUCAAACCAUGACUCAGUCCAAGUCUUCCUUGUGUAUAAAUGGAAGCCAUGUCUAUGACUCUGAGCCAACCACUCCAAAGAGCUCAGGAGCCCACCCGUCCAAGCUGGUCCUGCUGGAGAAGUGCUCCCCGCUCUCUCGCUCCCUGCAGAACCUCACCAAGAGAAGUGAGGACAAAGGCUCCUUUGCAGAGGGCCGACGCUGGUCCUUUGACAAGAUGAAGAAAGAGGAAAAGGAGGAAGAAAAGCAAAACCAGGCAUCGUCUCCACCAGUUCAACAAGUUCAGAUAAUGGCUCACCCUGUGCAGGCAGUGGUGCCAGGCAUCUCCUCUACUUCUGAAUCACCUGAGAAAGGGAGGAAGCUAAGAAAGACGUUAUUCUCAGGAGGGAGGAGUGAUUCCCUCCCGGCUAAGUCAGACCUGAACCAGGCUGCUUCAACAUCUGAGGGGAGGCUCAGAGGCUGGUUUGGCUCGGGUGACUCCCAGAACAAGCCAAGGCUGGAAGUUUCUCCUAAGGUAGAAAGCAGCUCAGAUGUACCCCCUCCCCUCCCUCCUCGCUCCCCUGUACCCCCUCAGUACCCCUCUCCCUUUAUCUCCCCCUCUGGUCAUGUGUCAUCUGAUGACUGCAAUCACACCAAUCCCUUCACCCCCUCUCCCUCUCCUUCCUCGACUCCCAUCUCCCCUUCCAACCCUUUCCCCUCACGUAUGCAACGCAACCCUUUUUUUGAGGAGCUCGUAGCUGAAGAGUCACAGAGGUCCCCUCCUUUUGCGCCUUACUCAUCUUCUGGCUCAUCCCCGUUUCAUUACACUACUCUAUCCCCCCAGCCUUCCACACCCAGUCCUGCUCACAAUGCUACUUUUACAAAUACGUCUUCCAUAAAACGUGAGCGUCCCAGGCCUGUAACUAGACAGAUAUCUCUCCCCGCAUUGCUCCCCAAGGCAGUCACACCUAAUGAUUCAGCCUCCCGCUCCAUGUCAGAGAAUACAGGAGAAUGGGAUGACUCAUUUGAUGCCUUUGCCUCUAGCAGGCUCAACUCACCUAAGGGGAGUUUUCCUCAGAAACAGCUGAGAAUCAGUCCAACUUCAUCUCAUAGACAUGGUCACCUUCCAGUAAAUAGCAAUAGUCACGCUCAAGAACUGGAAAUGUGUGAAGAAAAACCACCACCUUUGCCUCCAAGGAGACUUUUAAGAACAUCAGUGAACGAGAUUUAUUCUGAUGGCUGGUUGCACAGAGGCCAAGAGCUAGCUGUCCAUAAAGAAGCCUACCUCCUCUCACAGACUGGCGUGGCCUCGCUGCAGCAUGGAAGAGAAGGACAAUGUAAAAGAAACAGUAUAUCUCCAGACCCGCACAUGAGCAGUGAGGCUUCUGACACCCUCAGUGUUAACUCUCAGCAAUACACAAAUGCUACGUCACCGGAAUUCAUGUCUGAAGAAAAGCUUAAAAAGUUCAAAUACGAACCCUUGGAAGAUGAGCCCGACUGCUGGGGAGGGAUGUUGUUUGAGCAAGACUUGUAUGGACGUGUAUGUAGAGGAAACUAUGGACAACCCAAAGCAAACAGUCAUCAUUUGUCCAUGAAUGAUGAAGAUACUUCUACAGAUAAGAUCACGUCUAUGAACCCAGAACCUAAGACGGUUCUCGAUAGUGAGAUGUCAGUUGCAGAUCUUUUGAAGUUGUCAUAUACUGCUCCCUCAAAGCCAGAUUUGAAGAAGGAAUUAGAUAUUACAACCAUUCCAACAGAAGAGACACAGUCUAAUCCACCUGAAACCACAUGCAUCAACAAUAAUGUGUCUUUCUCACUAACCUUAGGAGAUUUGAACAUGAAUGUGAACAAUUCAGAUUUUAGUUUUAUUGAUUCAGAUGGUUCUUCUCAAUCAGAGGUAGCUGACAGUCUCAAAGGCAUGAACAGUUUGGACCAGACAUGUCUGAAACCAUCAGAAGAUUCACUGAUCACUGCCUGCCAUGUAGAGACCACGCCACAGGAUAUGUUCACUUUGAAAGACACCUACAUACCUCAGAUGAACUCUUCCUUUGAAAUAACUGCUCAUAACUCGUCUAACAAACUGUGCAAACUCUCCCCAGUUUGCCAGGACAGUUGCCAGGCUUGCCACCACUGUGAACUGGGUAAUGCGGCACCACAUGGUACCUCCAGGCAAAACAGCAGUCAGAUGACUGUUUUGUCGUCACAAAGUCAAACAUCUAAUCCACCUGAUCUUGAAUCCAGUGCAAAUUUAACAACAAGUCUUGAUGAUUUUAAAAAGAGUCAAAAGGACUUUGAUGAUAAUGGAAACCCACAAAGUAAAAUAGGCACACUUAACCAGAAGGAGUCGUUUUCUGGAGUGGUUAGUGCACGUUUUAGACCAAAAGGAGUGUCCCGACAGAACAGCAGUGGCAGCCCAAACAACCAAAGCAUAAGUGGAGAUGGAGAGUUUGAGCAGCUGUUGUCCCUCGUUCAAAAUAUUUCAGGAAUCAGUGAAGGACCAUUGUCAUACCAACCCACAAAAUCAGCUGUUUCUACCUUGCUGGCAUUUAAUAAACAAACAGAUUUGCAAGGAGAUAUCAAAACACAUCACAGUGAGUCUAAUUCAACAUCACAAAUAUCUUCAAAAGACAACACCUCUAUUUUGACAGAAAAAUGUGUGACAGGAAAGUCCUCUGACAUCAGUUUUGAAGACCUUCAUGCAAAAGUAGCACCAGACUCACGAACCCCUUCAAAGUCAAAGAUUGGGCAGUCUUUGCAAGAGCCUGAACCCUCUUCUCCCUCCGUCCCUUGUGCACCGUCCCUGUCAGCUGAUCCUCUGGCUAUACUCCACCCUAGUCCUUUGUGUUGCCCCUCCUUACGUCCCUCAAGCACGGGGCCCAGUGCUGGAGCCAGCACUGCUCUGGCUGUGGCCCCCCACACCUCCUCCUACUCCACCACCUCCACCUCAGACCAGCCCCUGGUCGAUGCACGCCACACACUUUUGCCUGAGGAGACACAGCCAGCUAGCAACCUGCCCCAUCAGGAGAGCAGAUCUCAUCCAGUGAAGCCAUUAACCUCCAGCCAGUCGGAGAAGAAGGAGGGUCGUUCAGUUCUGGAGAAGCUGAAAUCCACCAUCCACCCUGGACGCACUGCUCACCAAGUUUCAGCAGAACCUGAGAGGAGUCAGGAGGUGACAGUAGACCAGCUGGCGCAGUACCAGCACCUGACCAACAUGGAGCUGAUCUCCCUGCUGCUGCAGCAGGAGAUGGACAUGCAGAAGCAGCAGGCAGCCUCCGAGCAGCAGGAGGCGCAGCUGCAAAAAUGUGAGGCUGAGCUGAAGAAGGUCAAAUUAAAGGUUCGAGACUUGGAGGACUACAUUGAUAAUCUUUUGCUGCGGAUCAUGGAGCAGACACCCACUCUGCUACAAGUGCGCACCAGACACAAGUGACAACAGUGCCAAUAUGUGUACAGUGUAUUGCGCAUGAUGUAUGAUCCUCUUCAGUCCUGUUUCCUCAAGAGUGGCUGCGAAACACAGGGUUGUUAUGUAAGUGUGGGAAUUACUGUUCCAGAGACAGAUGAACAAAUACUCCACAAAAUCUGAUCUCAUAUCAUCCAGGUCUCACUGCUAAUACUGCCUUGUGGAUGUAGACACAACAUUACAUGCAUGCUGGUUAUUAUUACAAUUUGGUACAAACAGAAAACGACAAAGUAUAGUAAUAAUAAUAAUUUAAGGUAGUCAACUUUAAACUCACUGCUUUCACACAUGCGUAAAAUAGAUACAGGCGAGAGAAAACGUUUUCUGAAAGUGCAUUUAAUGUGCUCUUCUGAGAGUGAAGUAGUUCCUCUGGCAAAAUAUGGUUUUAGCUCAAGUAACCUGAGAUCUGCAGCUGUCAAAGUGCGAAGUGCACAAAGGUUAACUGGAGCCAAUUACAUAUUUUCAAAUAGAAAUGCAACACAUCAUAAACUGCUGCGCUGCAAUGUGUAUACUAUAAAAAGAGCUAUUUCUGCUUUAACACUUUAUGAUAAGCAAAACCAGUGUUCAUGUUUGAGCCUGAAAAGCCUGUAAAGGAUAAAGACUUAAUGCAGUUUGUGUCUUUGUUUUGUUUUUUAUUUUUACAAAACAUGUGUUCAUCAAAUUCUUAUUUGUUACACGCCACAACAAAAAGAAUGUUUAAAUACGUUUUCAGAUUUUGUUGUACGUUUUUGCAAUUUUUUUUUUGUCAAAACAGCAACAUUUUAUUGUAGGAAUAACCAAGCAUCAAUGCAGUCAAGAGUACUGCAGCAAGAGUAUUGUAAGUUAUUUCUAUAAAAUACUUUUGUCAUGAUAAUAUAUUCUUUAAUAUCACUCUAGUACCACUGUAGCUACUUGCAAUGCUUUACAUGACCGCAGUACUGUACUGUGAUAAAAUAAAGUGCACCUAAAUCAAAGUUUUUAGGCUCCUGUAGUUGUUGGUUUGUCACUUAGACUGCAGAGAAUAAAUCAUGACAUCCCACUGUUUUAAUGAUUUAUGCUCAGCAGUGU